AAGUCGAUUAAAGCUGCUACAUUUCGUCGAUCUGGAUGGCCAUGCAAGGUCUGAGUGAAGCCGGGGAGAGAGUUUCGGUCGCCUGCCCGCGGGCGCAGGGCUUGAGCCGGAGAGCGCACGCUUUCUCUGUGGAGGCUUUAGUGGGGAAAAGCUGCAAAAGGUUGAAAGUAGAAAAAGCGAAGGAUGAGAAGAGGGAGGAAAGUGACUGCGGCUUGGAUACAUCGACUGGGACUGUCGUGGAUGAAGGAGAGGACAGCGGUGAGCGUGCUCUCAUCUUCACUGUGUCUAUUUGCGCACUGACUUUAUCGAAUCAAAUCGAGGAAGCUGUUGAGACCACGAGCAAACCCGCUGGGGACAAAACCGAUCCGGACACACAGAUCCAAGUGGAACUGCAAGGGUCCGAUCUGUGGAGCAGAUUUCACGAGAUCGGAACAGAGAUGAUCAUCACCAAAGCGGGCAGGCGAAUGUUUCCAUCUAUUCGAGUGAAAGUGAGGAACCUGGACCCGUUCAAACAAUACUACAUCGCCAUGGACAUCAAACUCGUGGAUUCAAAGAGAUACAGGUAUGUGUACCACAGUUCCCAGUGGAUGGUGGCUGGAAACACGGAUCACUCGUGCAUCACCCCGCGGCUUUACAUACACCCGGACUCGCCAUGCUCAGGAGAGACGUGGAUGCGUCAAGUGAUCAGCUUCGACCGGGUGAAAUUAACAAACAACGAGAUGGACGACAAGGGCCAUAUCAUCCUGCAGUCCAUGCACAAGUACAAGCCGCGCGUGCACGUAGUCGUACACGAGCCAUGUCUGGACGUGUCGCAAAUCGCUGCGCUCCCGACUGAAGGCGUGUGCACCUUCUCCUUCCCCGAGACGCAGUUCACAACCGUGACCGCCUACCAAAACCAACAGAUAACAAAACUGAAGAUUGACAGGAACCCCUUUGCCAAGGGCUUCAGAGACCCAGGAAGAAACAGGGGCGUACUAGAUGGCGUUCUGGACUCUUACCCCUGGCGAAAUACAUUUGGUCUCAGUUUGAAACCAUUUACUCUGGAGCUGCAAGAAAAUUCCAUAAUGAAAUCACUGAAUGUUCCUUUCUGUGAUGGUAAAUUUGCUAGAAUGUCAUGUAUCAUUUUAAUACGUUAUGCAGGUGAAAACUGCGGGUCGUCCGAGAGCUGUGGUGACGUUUCCUCUCUGAAAAGCCUCUUGCCACACUCCAGUUCCUUGCUCUCCUACCCGUUCAACCUCUCUGGCCCCGACAGUGAUCUUCACAACCUCAGUGUCCCCCUCUGCUCUAAAGUGACCUCUUCAAACCCCUCCUUCACAAGCCGACCCUACUGCAGCCUCAUACCAGACCGACUCAGAGGUUACUCAGGCUUGCGAACCUUGAUAGACUACCCCAUGCUGUCUCCUCUCCAUGGCAAAAAAAUAGGUGGUUGCAAGGGCCAGUGCCUCCAUAGCCACUGCUUGAUUUCCAUCCAGAACCUUCAGUCGAGCCGAACCUCUGGAGCUCACCCGGAUACCGCAACAUCUUCUCUCAUGUCUCCGUAUGGCCUGUAUAGCUACAGUUUACCUUUCAGACCUCACAUCUCCAGCAUCACCGGCUCAUCAAAACCAGCUGACAGCAUAAUCCUGGCAUCAUCUGAAAGCCUUCUGCGCCAAACAGCCUGGCAUUCGACUGUCAAUCAUUGCUUCUGACCUUGGCAGAUGCUGGAACUGAACUCUAGGUAAACAUGUCCUUAAUGCCGAUACAUAGCUGCUGUUCCUCCUGUUAUUCAUAUGGCUCAACGCAGUAUAGCUAGGAUGCAGUUUG